AUGCACCUCCGCCGCUUGAUUCUGCAGCAGUUCAGGUUUGACCCCUGCCACUCUCCAAGUCCAAACUCGGUGUUUGAAAUGGGCACUCUCUCGCAGCUAGCCCUCUACAUCUGCGCGCUGCAGAGCGGAGAUAGCCUCUCGUCGGCCGAAGACAGUAUCUUACUGAUGGACAACCUGGUCAAGAAAUACUCCUCAUUUCGGAAACACGUCCCUUGCCCGGAAACUCCACGGAGGACCAAGAGCGUGCUGUUGACAGGAGCCACUGGCUCAGUGGGCGCACACGUGCUGUUCGAAUUGCUGAACGAUGACUCGGUGUCGACUGUAUACUGUCUCACGUGGAGGGCAUCUCCGUUAAAGGCAGUGCGCGGCAGCCUGCUCGAAAGGGGCCUGUUGCUUUCGCCGGAACAGACAUCAAAGGUUGUGGCACUAAAUGGCGCACUGGACCGGCCUGACUUUUGUCUGGACCCAGUGGGGAAGACCUUUCACCAUAUGCUAGACUCUGUGUCUUUAGUCAUCCAUACUGCAUGGCCAGUCAACUUUAACCUCCCCCUCGCUCAAUUCGAGCCACACCUCCGGGGACUAUACAACCUCAUUAUGUUUUCACUUUCGGUCCGAAGACUUGAACCUGCGGUCAUGUUGUUUUGCUCUUCCAUCUCUACGGCGCUGGGGGCCUCCUCGGCCACAAUCGAAGAGGAAGCAGUCGAUCUCAACAGCGCGCUGAUGGGCUACGGUCAGUCCAAGGUGGUGGGAGAAAGGAUGGUCAGUCUUGCACGCCGGUCAGGCGCAAGAGCGUACUCUCUCAGAAUUGGUCAAGUCUCGGGACAUUCGAAGAAAGGCCUGUGGAAUGACUCCGAGGCAAUUCCUUUGCUGAUCCGAUCGGCACUGACCCUGCGAGCCCUACCUGAACUACAUCAGACCUGUUCGUGGCUUCCUGUGGACAAGUUGGCCACAGUAAUACUCGAGUUGGCUGAGUCAUGCUCUUCGCCUGAACGCGACGUUUUGCCAAGCCACGCGUCCGACACCUCCGGGAUGGCCUAUGUGGACGACUCGAUCUACAACGUGUGUAACUCGCGCGUGUUUUCUUGGUCGGAGCUGCUGGCGACCCUCCAACGAAGCGGAUUUCAAUUUCAGGUUUUGCCGUUCGAAGAGUGGCUUCAGUUGCUCCGCGAGAGUGAGGCACGAGGUGAAGAACAUAUCAACCCGGCAGUCAAACUGAUCCAUCAUUAUGAGAUGAUGCAUGGUGUCCAGUCUUCCAUUAAUCACACUAGGGCGAAAGUGUUUACGAUGGACAAGGCUGAAAGAGAUAGCGUGACUCUACGCAGCGGCCACUUGAAUAUUGUGCAAGACGACAUCCUGGACUGCUACGCCCGUGACUGGCUUUUGAGGUGGACGGCUUAUUAA